AAAAUUCCCAACCUCAAUCACCCAUAAAUAAAACACAAAAUAUUCAACAACAACUCCCACAACUUCCACAACAACAACAAUCACCUAAAAGAGAAAGUCCAGAACCUUCUCUUCGUUAUGAAAGUGCUGCUGCAUAUAUUAGACGUAAAAAUAGGGAAAGAAGGGCAAGGAAUGCAACUGUUGCUGUUACAGAAGAUACUUGGACUAGGCAAAUACCAUUUCCUUCACAAGAGCAACCGAGUGAACCAAGUUCUCCAAGACAUAAAAAUAGCACGGGCUCUGGCAAAUUAUCAAAUGGAAGUGGUUAUGACAUAUCUCGAUCGUCGAAAAUCUUUUCAUGAGAUGUCUCCCCCAAAUGAUGAUACCCCUUAUGAUAGAUAUGCAAUUGCUGGUGGAUAUUUUAAUUCUUUGGUUGGAAAUAGUUAUAUGCCUUCAAAUAUUAGUAAAUAUGAAGAAGAGGUUUAUAAUGCUUUUAAUAAACAAUAUGGAGGGGGAACAUCUACUAGAGCAGCAACAAAUAAUAUUUGGCCAUCACAACAACAUCAACAACAGCAAAAUUAUUAUGGGGGGAUUGCUAAAGAAAGGCCUGAAAGAUUUGAAGUUUACAAAACAAUGGCUGAAAGAGCAUCAGAAUUUGGAAGAAACGAUUUAACUCAAUAUCAACACAGAAUGUCUGCAGGUGGAAGUUGUUAUUAUCCGGGAGAAAGGCCUUUAAGUUCUUAUGCUGGUGGAUCAAUCGGUCUUCGUUCAGGACCUCGUACAGAAGAAUAUGGAGGAAUGGGAGGAGGAGGAGGGGGAAUACGUAGAAGUAUUUAUGAAACAGAAAGGCCUAUAACUCCUUGUAAUGAAUAUAUUAGUGGAAAUUACUAUUCUCAUAAUCAGCCAUUACCUGAACCAGAAUCUCCCCCGAGAGGAGGGGAAGGAAGAUUUAGACGAAAAAUAGCUGCUUUAAGGGAUGCAGAUGGAAGACGUUCUUCAUAUGCUUCACGUUCACAAUCUAAUGAUCACAUGGCUUUACUUUCAAGAGGUGCUUAUAUGCCUGAUGAAUUGGAACAAAUUGAACCAAUAAGUGGAAAUUCUCGUUAUGCAACACCCGAAAUUGGUGGAGGAGUAGGGGGAGGUGGAGGGGGUUAUUCUAAUCAACUACCCGAAUAUGCAUAUAUUGCUUAUCACGAUUCUGGAAUGCCAAAUGGAGGGGGUGGGCAGCAAUAUAUAAAUAGUAGAUCUAGUAGAAGAGAUCAACAUAAUGUUGAUUUGGAUGCUGCACCUAUACGUGGAAUUCUUAAAAAUAGACAAGCUUAUGAAGGGGAACCAAGAGUACAAGGCCGUCUACGUAGACAUCAAUCUGUUGAUAAAGGAUAUUUAAAUAGCCAUUCAUUGGAUGAACAUCAAAACUAUAAUAAUCAGGAAUUUUCAAGAAUUGGAAGUUCUUAUUCACGUCGGUAUGGAGCAAAUCGAGAAUAUGAUUAUGAUGUUAAUUUAAAUAAUAAAAAAAGAGGAAGUGCAGGCCUUUUAAAUUUGGGUAGACGUAAAACAACAGAAGUUAGGUUGGGACCUGAAUCUGUUCCAAACUCGAGAAAACAAAGUGCUAAUAUUUUAUUGGAAGAAGAAUUUAAACGUCCUCGUUCACCAAUCGAAUGUAUAAAAUCAUUAUUUCGUGGAGGAAAUCAAAAAAUAACAGGAAAGGAUAAUUUAAAUUCUGUUGGAGGAGGGCCUUCAUCCCGUUAUUCAACAAAUAUUGGGGCAAAUAAUAAUGGAAAUGGGGGAAAUUAUGGAUAUACUACAAGUGGAGGAGGAGGAGGAAAUAAUAAUUAUAUUAAUAAACGUUAUGGAGUUGGGGGAGGAGGAGGAGGAGGAAGAUCUGAUGGAGGGAGAUUUACUUCAACAAAUAAUUAUAAUGGAGGAAAUCGAACAAAUGCUCCCAAUAGAUGGGGAUAUGAGGACACACAUCUUUAA